GAGAUUUACUCUUUUUAUUAGUAUUAGAAUUUAAAAAAACUCGUUCUUCUUCCGGUUGUUUACUCUUUUUGGGCAGAAUCCGCCGCCGAGAAAGAAAGCAAUGGCGAGUGCUUUGGGUACCAAAAUUCAGUCUCUUCAAAACUCUUACUUACUCAAAUGCUCCCUCACUUUCAUCAGAACCUUAUCAUCAUCUACUCCUUCUCCUUCUCCUUCUGUUGAUGCUUCCGCUACAACUAAGAAAUCAAAGCGAAGAAAGAAGAAAAACUUUUUCGAGGUCGCUCAGUUCUUACCUAAUUGGGGAAUUGGAUACCACAUGGCCAAAUCUCACUGGCAAGAAGUUUCUUACGAGAUCACUAAACUCAAUCUCUACAAGGAUGGAAAACAUGGCAAGGCAUGGGGCAUUGCUUAUAAAAAUGGCGUGCCAUUAGUAGAUGCUCCGAAAAAAAUUAGUGGAGUUCACAAGCGUUGUUGGAGGUAUCUCCCAAAUGUAGUAAAAGUAUCAGAAAGUUCACCAACCUUAACUGGUUCAUCAGACAGUGCUUUAAAAGUUGAAACCCAAGCAAAUUAAUCCUUAUUUGUGACUUUGGAUUUUAGGUUAUCGAUGAUUUUUGAUAUUAUGUCUUGUGUUUUAGAUUGGAUUUAAACAGGCAUAGUUGGUUUUUAUUAUGAUAACAUUUUUUAGUUAAUCAUGAAAUAUGCCUUGCACAUUGAUGUAAGGUUCUUGUGCAACUUUCUUUAAAUUUCUGAUUAAAUGAUCUCUCGGUCGUGAAAUAUGUUUUGGGAGAGU